CAAGUCACUAACAGUGGGCAUUAAUAAAUUGAUAUGAAUUGAGAACGAACAAGUAGAAAAAAAAAACGUGAAACAGUCGGCAAUUUUUUUUGAAAUUAAAAACACCGGAUAAAAUUUUCUCCGUAACAUAUUUUCAAGCGAAAUUCUUUUUUUCACUUCAUUUCAUCGCAAAAUCAAAUUGAAACUUUUUUGUGGCCCUGUUUCUUUCGUUUGAAGCCACAGCAGAAGACGACGACGACGUCAACGACGAAAAAAAAACUAUCAAAAAUAAUUCUUGGAAUCGAAAUAAAAUUCGCUUGCGAUUUUUAUGCAGUUGAAACAAUAUUGUUAACGCGCUGGCAGCAAAAAAAAGAGAGAGAAAAACGGAAAAAGGAAUAUUUUUUCGCAGUACAAUUCAGAAAAGCUCUGAGUGAAUUAGUGUGGCAAUUUCGAGUGAAUUGAACGAGGUUUCAGUGUAAGAGACAAAUAGUACCAACGAAAAAAAAGAAACAGUAGUUAGAGAAUAAAAUAUAAAAAUAUAUACCAGAGAAGAAGAUAUAAAACACACAGUUUCGGUGUCAGAACACUUGUCAUAUAUCACAUUAUAUUGGUUUAAUUUGCAAAUUGAAAUCGAUAGAAAUUCGGUAGUGUCAUAAUGAAUGUGGAAAACGGUGCAACAGCUUACUACUACGGACCAAAUUAUAGUGACCCUCAUCAAUCACGCAGAUUCAGUUGAAAACAAAUCAAAAACUAAGUGAAUUGGACACAUCAAAAGUCAACACAGACACACAGAAAUUUUUUGAUUCGGAACAAACAAAAAACCACACGAAAAAAAGUAUAUAACAAAUAAAUUGAAUGAAAAUAGUUUUCUCUCAGCGAAACAACAAAAAAGAACACUUGAAAAUCAACUGUUAUGUCAAUUAUUGUCGGAACAAAUUUAAAAAGUUGAAAUCGAUUGGUUCGUAAACUGCAUAAAAUUUGGACUCAAAAAAAAAGUUGCAUUCGAACUGUUUUACAAAAAGUAUUUGAACAAAAAUCCAUUUUGAAUUAAAAAAAAAAGAACAAGAAUCAACAAAAAGUUUUUGUUAAAAAAAAUCAUCUUGAAUUUAAACGAAAAACAAUCAAAUCAUUAAACAUGGCUGAUAUGGAUCAAUUUGCUGAAUUGGAACUUUCCAAAGAAGAUCGUGAACAAAUUUUUGAACCGCCAACAGAUAGACAGCAACAUCCUGUACUUGAUCCUUCAUCAUCAAGUAGUUCUACAAGAAUUGUUAUUAGCGGCAUACCGCUUCAUGCUCGCUUUGAUGAUAUCGAACCAUUAUUAAAACCUUACGGUAAAGUGGAACAUUGCGACGCAGUGUCUAGUAAGGAUCCAAACACUCAAACUGUUCACAUUACAUAUGAAACAGUUGAACAAGCUCAAAGAGCUGCUGCUGGAUUAAAUGGCGUUGAAUUCGAAGGUGGAAAACUUCAUGCAGAAUCGCUGGAGAAGCAAAGGCGAGGUCCACGUAGCCGUGGCCAAUAUCCAGCGCUGCCGGGAGGUGGAGGUCCUGGACGCCAAACCGAUUUUCCAUUGCGUUUGCUUGUGCAAAGCGAUAUGGUUGGAGCCAUAAUUGGUCGUCAGGGUAGCACCAUUCGCCAAAUAACUCAGCAAAGUCGUGCCCGUGUUGAUGUACACAGGAAAGAUAAUGUUGGCUCAUUGGAAAAGGCAAUUACAAUUUAUGGCAACCCAGAAAACUGCACAAAUGCUUGUAAACGCAUUCUCGAAGUGAUGCAACAAGAAGCGGUCAAUACUAAUAAAGGAAGUGAAAUUGUAUUGAAAAUUCUUGCCCAUAAUAAUUUGAUUGGUCGCAUCAUUGGAAAGAGUGGCAACACAAUUAAACGCAUCAUGCAGGAUACUGAUACCAAAAUAACCGUUAGCUCUAUCAAUGACAUUAACAGUUUCAAUUUGGAACGUAUAAUAACGGUGAAAGGCUCAAUUGAUAAUAUGUCCAGAGCCGAAAAUCAAAUCAGCUCAAAACUGCGUCAAAGUUAUGAAAAUGAUUUGCAAGCGAUGGCACCACAAAGCAUUAUGUUCCCAGGCUUACAUCCAAUGGCAAUGAUGUCAACUGCUGGAAAUGGCAUUGGCUUUGGACCAAAUCGUGCUACUGGCGGCGGUGGUAGUGGCGGUGUAUAUCCGGGAUCUGGCUAUCCAAUUUAUCAACCGCCAGCUGGUUUACCACCGGGCGCCAAUGAUAUUCAGGAAACAACUUAUUUGUAUAUUCCAAAUAAUGCUGUUGGCGCUAUAAUUGGUACUAAAGGAUCUCACAUCCGCAAUAUCAUUCGUUUUUCGUCGUCAUCCGUUAAAAUAGCACCACUUGAGGCUGACAAACCAAUUGAACAGCAACCUGAACGUAAGGUCACCAUUAUUGGUAGUCCGGAAGCUCAAUGGAAAGCUCAGUACCUGAUUUUUGAAAAGAUGCGCGAAGAAGGCUUUGUCACCGGUACAGAUGAUGUCCGAUUAACAGUCGAAAUUCUUGUACCUAGCUCACAGGUCGGUCGCAUCAUCGGCAAAGGUGGUCAAAAUGUACGCGAAUUGCAACGUGUCACUGGCAGCAUAAUCAAACUUCCAGAACACGGUACUGCUCCGGCUGAAGAAGAGACAACUGUUCAUAUUAUUGGGCCAUUUUUCAGUGUUCAGUCGGCCCAACGUCGUAUUCGUGCUAUGAUUUUGUCAACGAAUCCACCGCCAGCUCCAAAGAAGAGUCAAAAGCCCGGAAAGGAUGCGUCAUCGUCACCGAGCGGUGCACCACCACAACAAGCACAACCACAACAACAACAACAGCAACAACAACAACCAACACCACCAAGCUCCCAAUAAUUUGCGUAAAAUAAAACCAUAUUCUCUUUUUCAUAUAACAUCAAUGAAAUAUAUCAGCAAAACCGAAAUCCAAUCACAUAUUUCAGUUCAACAAAUCAAUAUAAAAACAUAUAAAACACACACACAUACUCCCGUCAACACCGAAAACUAUUCAUCAUUUUGAAAGAAAACGAAACAAAAACUUCAAACAAACCGAAGAAACCAAUUUCAUCGUUUCUUUCAAUUAAAGAAAAAUGUUCAACACAAACAGAAGAAAAUCGUUUUUUUUUUGUAGAAAAUAUAUAGUAUUCGUUCACAAAUUGGUACUUAUUUCGCUUUGAUGAAGCUAAAAAAAAAAGAUUUGAACGAGAAAAUGAAAAAUUAAGGAUUGAAUAGUUUUUAAAAUGCACACUAAAAUAGCAUGAGAAUGAAACAAAAAACCACAAAGUCAAAAUGAAAUUUACGUAGAUAUCUUCUUGAGAAUAGAUAACGAGUUUGUCAACCAACUAUUUAUAUAUUUAAAGAAAAGAAAAGCAUUUGUUUGUGUAUUACCGUAAAAAUAAGUUAUUAUUUGAGCCGUGAUAAUAUUCAUUUCGGCAAAUGGAAAUUUAUUCAUGGAAAUGUACUACUGUUUAAUUCAAAAAAAUGAUUCAUGUUUAUGCGUUUGUGACACAUAAAACAUGAAAUCUAUGUUUAAAUUCUUCCUGCAUGCAAAUUUGAAGAAAAAAAGAAACAAAAUUAUCCAGAAAUAAAAAUAAACAUUGGCCGAAUAAUAAAAUCGCAAAAAACAACACAUCGUUCACGUGCUCAUUGAUUUGGAACUAACAGACAUUUUAAAAUAGAAAGUAGAGAAAUACUGAUUUGAACGAAUACAUGUUUUGGUAAAUUCUUUCAAACAAAAAACCCAUCAACAAAUUAAAGAGAGAUAAAAAAGCAGAGAAAUACUUACAAAAACUCUUUUAUAAUUAAACUGUUAUCAAACCACUGAUUAUUGUCAUGUUAAUCAGUUCAAUUUUUUUUCCUAAAAUAACAUUUCAUUCAAAUGUUGAUAAUGAAUUUUUUUUUCUGAAAUACGCCGAUUAUUGAGAGCCGAAGCAAAAAAAAAUGUUUGAUGAUUUUGUUUUUAUUUUUUUUUUACUAAUAAACGUUAUUAUUCAUAUAUCUAAAGCAUCCACAAUUUCUUGGCCACCAAAAAUAAAUACACACACAACAACAACAAGCAACUAUAAGAACAAUAAUAAUAAUAAAUAAAAAUAGCAAACAUCAAAAUAGAGAGAGAAAUCAUAGCGAGAAUCGCUUGAAUUACCGCUGGUUUUAUCGCCAUAAACCCUAUUACAUUCAUAUUUAUUGCCUUAUUUUAACUGUUUUAACUGAAACGGUGCUCACAUGAGAUAAUAUAAUGAAAUAUUAGCCUAGAAAUACGUGUUUUUUUUUUAAAUAAAAUGAUUUUUAUGGAAGCAUAAACAUCAUGCUAACUUAUAGACAGGAUCAAUUCAAAGAGAAGGAUAGAGAUGUAAAUGUCAUAUGUUGAAAUAUUUAUUGCAUUUGCUCCCAUUUUUUUAAAUACAGAUUGUAACGUAAUAUAAUCAGUUUGGAGCAGUUAGUUUAACUGCUGACGCACGUUUAUAUUUUUUUUAUAUUUUUUUUUGUAAUUUUUACCCUCGUGUUUUUACAUAUUGGAACACCUCAUUUCUUAUUCACAGUUUUUAAGUGUACAUACGUAAUACUUCAGUUUAUUGAUUAUGUUUUAUUUAAAUAGAUGGAAAAUUGACAGUUUUCUCAUUCUAUUGUGAAAGAAAAUGUAAAGAAUACUGGAAAGAUGGGGUGAUUUCUGAAUCCACAGUCAAUACGGUGGAAGACGUUGCACACGCCCACACUCACUGGUUAUACUUACAUAAUAUUUGUUUGCGUCUCGAUUCUGAUAUCAUAAUAAUAAUUUACGUAAUUGACAUCAUUUAUCCAAACAAAGUGACAUUGCUGCAAAAAGAAAAACGUUGGCUUAAUAUUUCGGUUUUAUUUCGAAAAAUAACCAUUUUUUAAAGAAGAAUCCCAAUAAAAAUGGUGGAAAAAAUUCAAAUUGUCGAACACACACAUACACUAAUAGAUGGCCUGUCGCCGGAUUUAUCAAAGUAGCAAAACAACAUAAUCAAGAGUGGAAAAAAGUUUGUUUAGGUAUUAGAAACAGUAUGAAAUUUUAAAAUGAAACGAAUAAUAUUCUAGUUGUUGUGUAUGGUGGUUCAUUUCAAUGUCAGCAUCGAAGUAUUUCUUUUUCAAUCGGAUCAAGAAAGUGAGAGGGAGAGAGAAAGAAGAAAAGGAAGAGAGAUUUCAUCGAACAUUAAAAAAAAAAAAAACAAAUAAACGCAAAAAAUGAAACAAACUAUAACGAGAAUACCUCAUUGCAAGUGCAUUAUUUUAUGAAAUCAGUAAAUAUACUAGAAACGGCAAAUGUUUUUUCACCGAAGCAAAAUAACAGACGACGAAGAGAGGAAAAAACAUUUGUAAAGAAGCACAAACAUCAUCUCAUUUCUGUUUGAAAAAUGUCAUUUUUCAUCAUAAUUGACUUUUCUCAUUUAUAGCAUUUGCUUUAAUAAAACUCCUUUUCUUUGGAGGAAACGAAAAUACGAAAAACAGAAACACAUGGAACGAAAUGCGUUCAAGUAUUUAUGUAACUGCAUUUAAUUGAUGCGCACGCGUAUCGAAACCAUUUGUAUUAUUGUGAAGGUCAAAGAUUAUUUUCAAUAAAAAUCCUGCAAAUGACAACUUGAAUGAUGUAAAUUUUCUAUUUUCGAAUCGAUAAUCGGAGAUAUUCCGAACAAUGUAAACAUCUGCAAACUCUAUUUUCAUACACUCGUUUUCAUAUUUCGCACAUUCAUUUUACAACACCAUUAGUGAUUUAGAAUGAUAGAAAAAAUCAAGUAAAAUGAAUGAACUGAAAAAAACAACAAUCACAAAUCGGCCAUCUAUGGAAAUGGAGAAAUUAUUUACUCAAACAAUCGAAAAGUUCAGAAGAUCAAAAUUAAUUCUUCUACCAUACUUAUGUGGCAGUUUUCAAUAGAUCGAUUGCAUUGAGAAAUGAAAAAUAGAAUGCCCAAACUUGACUAUCUUGGUUGCUGAAAUUCAAAAUUGCGUUAGAGAUGACAAAAGAAACACAAGCACUUUUGAGCACCAUUAAAAUUAUAAAUGACGAUGAAAUUCUACUUAAACGGGAAAAAAACAAACUUUUUGAAGAAGAAAACACAAAGACGAAUGAAAUUUUAAAAGUCAAGAAAUUGCUCCAAAACAAAUAUUUAAAACAAAAAACGACUACGACCAUGAUUUCAAUCAAGAAACAGUUUUCAUUGAGAACGAUAUCUUAAAUGUAGUAAUGGUAAGAAUAAGUUUAAAAAUAUUAUUUUAUUGGAAUUAUUUUUGAUAAAAAAAAACAAAAACGACAAAAAUUGUCAAGAUUGCUGAAAGAGCAAACAAAAAUUAUAGGGACACUACAGAGCCCAGCAAAUUUCUCUUUUUUCAAAGGAUGCUAAAAGAGAAGAUGAAGAGAAAAUAAAAGCAAAAGAGUAACUUAACGACGAAUUAAAAGAAAUGAAAAGAGAAUAAAAGAAAGGCAUAAACCAUUUGAUAAAUUAGCUAUUCGUCUUCGAAUUUAUGAGUAAAAAAAAAUUAUAGAGGCUAUUUAUCGUUAAAGAAUUUUUUUAAUUAAAAAAAAUGGUAAAAAUGAAUGCAAAAAAAUGGAAAAAAAUGAAACUUUUACUAUUAUUUAAUGAGAACGUUGUUUAAUUGUGCCAAGACGGAAUUACAGAUGAGCUAGUGUGAUAUGGCAUUUAAUGUUUCGUAAAGGUGAAAAAAAAA